AUGGAAAAGACCAAAACGAAGCAAGGAGAGAAUGAACACAUACCGAUGAAUAAUCCUUCUACACAGAUUUACCAGUUGCAGGCCCUAGCCUCUGAACUCAAAACUGGCUUUACAGAAGCAAUGCAAGAAUUGUCAAGGAUUCAACAUGGAGAAUAUGCUUUGGAAGAGAAGGUUAAGAGCUGUAAAUGUUCCAUGGAAGAAAAAGUUACUGAGAUGAAGAAUUCAUUAAACUAUUUCAAGGAAGAAUUGAGCAAUGCUAUGUCAAUGAUCCAGGCCAUCACCUCUAAACAAGAAGAAAUGCAACAGAAAAUUGAACAACUUCAGCAGGAGAAGAGAAGAGAAUCUCGAAAAGUUAAAGCUAAGAAAACUCAAAAAGAAGAACACAGCUCACAGGCUGGGCCUGCUCAAGCACAAGGAAGUCCUUUCCGUUCCAUCAACAUCCCUGAGCCUGUUCUGCCCAGUGAAGAUUUUACAAACCUUUUGCCUUCUCAGGCCUAUGAAAAAGCACAAGAGCCCAGAUCGGUUCAUGUAGGAGAUAGUAAUGUGAAGGGAAUGAUGGGUCCUGGAAUGAACCCAACAACUCCAGAAGCAGAAGAGAACCUCAAACCUUGCCUUGCAGCUGAGAUCCCGUCCAAGGGCCAUCACACCUCUGGUGUAUGGAGGCAGCCCAAGGAUGGCAAAGAAUGGGGCGAAGAAUAUGUCACGAAAGACCACCCUGAUAAACUCAAGGAAGCUGGUCAGGGCAGACACAGCUCCUUAGAAAAUGUUUUAUGUGAGACCUCUUUAGCUGCGAAAAGACAGACUGUGGCUCUAGAACUGCUUGAAUCAGAAAGAAAAUAUGUCAUUAAUAUCUCUCUGAUCCUGAAGAUCAAGGCAACAUUCCAGGGAUCUGAUGGAAAGAGGAAUACCAAAGAGAGAAGCCUCUUCCCUGGCUCUUUACGAUACCUUGUCCAGCAGCACCUGGAUUUGCUUCAUGCUCUGCAGGAGAGGGUCCUCAAGUGGCCACGCCAAGGAGUCCUUGGAGAUUUAUUCCUUAAACUAACAAAUGAUGAAAAUAAUUUCUUGGAUUAUUAUGUUGCCUACCUGAGAGACCUGCCUGAAUGCAUUUCUUUGGUUCAUGUUGUUGUUCUGAAGGAGGGUGAUGAAGAGAUUAAAUCUGACAUCUACACACUGUUUUUUCACAUAGUUCAACGCAUCCCUGAAUACCUGAUACAUCUGCAGAAUGUCCUCAAGUUCACAGAGCAGGAGCACCCUGACUAUUACCUACUCCUGGUGUGUGUUCAGCGCCUUCGAGUGUUUAUCUCACACUACACCCUGCUGUUUCAAUGCAAUGAGGAUCUGCUUAUUCAGAAACGGAAAAAACUCAAGAAGUCAUCCAUGGCGAAGCUGUACAAGGGAUUGGCUUCCCAGUGUGCAAAUACCGGGCAAGAAUCUUCUCCUACUCCAGGACCUGAGGUGGUCCGUGACAGUGGGAUCCAUUCAGAAGAGAUUCUGCAACCCUACCCUCCUGCUCCCAGCUCUGGCUCUGCUGUCACACAUUUGAUGCCCCCAGUGAAGAAAAGCCAACAGCAGCAAAGCCUGGUGGAGAGCAUGCAGCCCGGGAAGCCCAGUGACUGGGAGCUGGAGGGCAGAAAACACGAGCGGCCCGAGAGCCUCCUGGCGCCCGCGCAGUUCUGCGCCGCGGAGCAGGACGUGAAGGCGCUCGCCGGGCCCCUGCAGGCGAUCCCGGAGAUGGACUUCGAGCCCUCGCCCGCCGAGCCGUUGGGCAACGUGGAGCGCUCCCUCCGCGCCCCGGCCGAGCUUCUGCCCGACGCCCGCGGCUUCGUGCCCGCGGGCUACGAGGAAUUCGAGUACGGCGGGGAGAUCUUCGCGCUGCCGGCGCCCUACGAUGAGGAGCCCUACCAGGCCCCGGCCCUCUUCGAGAACUGCUCGCCCGCCUCUUCCGAGUCCAGCCUGGACAUCUGCUUCCUGCGGCCCGUCAGCUUCGCCAUGGAGGCCGAGCGGCCCGAGCACCCGCUGCAGCCGCUGCCCAAGAGCGCCACGUCCCCGGCGGGCAGCAGCAGCGCCUACAAGCUGGAGGCGGCGGCGCAGUCGGCCGCCGCCGCCGCUGCCCGCGGCGCGCCCCGGACCUUCUUCCCCCAACAGAGGUCCCAAAGCGAAAAGCAGACCUAUUUGGAAGUAAGGAGGGAGAUGCAUUUAGAAGACACCACCAGAUUCUGUCCAAAGGAAGAAAGAGAAAGUGAACAAACAUCUUUCAGCGAUCAAAACCCCAGGCAAGACCAGAAAGGGGGCUUUCGCAGCUCCUUCCGCAAGCUCUUUAAAAAGAAGUCCAGUGGAUCAGAAUACAGGGAAAAAACUAAUGAGAAUCCCUCAAUGGAUCCUUCACCCACCAAACAAGAUUUCUUCAGAAACCGACUUGCUCUUGCAAAUGACCUUGACCAAGGAACAGCUGUGUAAAAAUACUUAAAGUUGUAUUAUCAAGUGGUAAGAUGAGGAAUAAAAAGCUUGUAUAUAUCUGUGUAGGUAUAUAUAUAUAUAUCCAUAUAUAUAUAUAUAUAUAUAGAUAGAUGUAUAAAUCCCCGAGGAAAACUAAUAUAGUUACAUAUGAACUAAAUCAAUAUCCAAGACAUUGGAGAAAGAGAGAGAGCUUAGCUGGUGGUUGAGAGCUAGCUUCUUGAACCUUAACAUUUGGGAAAAAGGAAAUGAAGAUUUUUCACAGUAUUAGAGAAAAACAGUAAAUUUGGAGGAAAAUAAAUGUAAGAACAGAAUCUCCCACUUGAAAUCAUUUCCCCCCAGUAUAAUAUUCAGCAUGUUCAUAUUUAUCGUGAAUGUGAGUUUUAUGCUUCUUAGGUAUUUAGCUUAUUAAUUCACCCCAUUGUUCCUAAACUAACAUA